GAAAAUUAUUGUGUAUUGCAUCUAUCUUUUUCUAUGCGAACUUAAAAAUAAUAAUUAUAGCCCCGAAUUCUUUGAGAUUUGCUGGCAGUUAGCGGGGAUUUCGGCUGCAGCCGGCUGCGAGAUUUGGCUAGUAAAGAGCCGUAGGAUCCUAAGCGACUGGCCGGCAAUGUGGUGGGAAAGAUGUCCCGGCUCGCUGAUUACUUCGUAAUAGUCGGCUACGACAGCGAUAAGGAAAAAACUGCCAGCAAUGUAGGCGGCCAGCCGACAUGCGGCAAGAUCGUUCAGCGCUUUCCCGAGAAAGAUUGGCCGGACACUCCGUUUAUCGAGGGCAUUGAAUGGUUCUGCCAGCCGCUCGGCUGGAGUUUAUCGUACGAGAAGCAGGAGCCCAAGUUCUUCGUCUCUGUACUGACGGACAUCGAUGCGAACAAGCACUACUGCGCCUGCCUCAGCUUCCAUGAGACGGUGGCCAUCACGCAGACGCGCAGCGUCGACGACGAGGAUGAGACCAUCGGGAGCAGCAGGCUGCUGGGAGCCACACCCUCCUCGACGGAUGGCAUCACGGCCACAUCCACGCCGGCUUCCAUUACGCACCACAGCGUCAUGUAUGCACCAAAGUGUCUGGUGCUCAUAUCACGUUUGGACUGUGCCGAGACCUUUAAAAAUUGUCUCGGCACCAUCUACACGGUGUAUAUUGAGAACUUGGCGUAUGGAUUGGAGACACUCAUAGGAAACAUUCUGGGCUGCAUCCAAGUUCCUCCAGCGGGUGGACCGCAGGUGCGCUUCUCCAUAGGAGCAGGAGACAAGCAGUCGCUCCAGCCACCGCAGAGCUCCUCCCUGCCCACAACCGGAAGUGGAGUUCACUUCCUAUUUAAGCAACUGGGCAUCAAGAAUGUGCUGAUACUGCUUUGCGCCGUGAUGACAGAGAACAAGAUUCUGUUUCUUUCUAAGUGCUAUUGGCACUUGACGGACAGCUGCAGAGCUUUGGUGGCAUUGAUGUAUCCCUUUCGGUAUACUCAUGUUUAUAUACCAAUUCUGCCGGCGCCACUCACGGAAGUGCUGUCCACACCCACGCCAUUUAUUAUGGGCAUACAUAGCUCACUGCAAACUGAGAUUACGGAUCUACUGGAUGUUAUUGUGGUGGAUUUGGAUGGCGGCCUCGUUACCAUUCCCGAGUCGCUGACGCCGCCUGUUCCUAUUCUUCCCUCACCGCUGUGGGAACAGACCCAGGACUUGCUCAGCAUGAUCCUGUUUCCAAACCUGGCGCAGGCCGAUCUGGCGUUUCCCACAUUAGAGCGGCCUUCAGCUAUUGCCAAGACUGACGCCCAGAUUGAUAAGGAACUUCGCGCCAUAUUCAUGCGCCUUUUCGCUCAGCUACUGCAGGGAUAUCGCUCCUGCCUGACUAUCAUUCGGAUCCACCCAAAGCCGGUGAUCACCUUCCACAAGGCAGGAUUUCUCGGCGCCCGCGAUAUGAUAGAGAGCGAAUUCCUGUUUAGGGUCCUGGACAGCAUGUUUUUCACGACGUUUGUCAACGAACGAGGCCCUCCCUGGCGAUCCUCCGAUGCCUGGGAUGAGCUCUACAGCUCAAUGAACGAACUGCUGAAAUCGGAGGCGCAGAAUCGAAAUCUCAUACUCACACAUAUCCAGGAAUUGGGACGAGUGCUAUAUGAAAAUGAGGGCACUCUGGCUCACAUCAACUAUGCCCAAAAGGUACUGCGUCCGCCGGAGGGCGCAUUCCAGCGUAUUCAUCAACCAGCUUUUCCGCGCAUAAGUUCGGAAAAGGUCGAGCUUAUCAUACAGGAAGGAAUACGCAAGAACGGAGUGCCACAACGAUUUCAUGUAACACGCAAUCAGCACCGCAUCAUUCCGAUGGGACCCAGGUUACCCGAGGCAUUGGAUGUGCGCCCCAAUGUCCAAAACUCGGCCCGGCGACUGGAGGUGCUGCGGAUCUGUGUGUCAUACAUCUUUGAGAAUCGGAUUACAGAUGCCCGAAAACUGCUGCCGGCUGUGAUGCGCACCCUGAUGCACCGGGAUGCGCGCUUGAUCUUGUGCCGCGAGUUCUUUGGAUAUGUGCACGGCAAUAAGGCAGUGCUGGACCAUCAACAGUUUGAGUUAGUUGUGCGAUUCAUGAACAAGGCGCUGCAAAAAUCAUCCGGGAUUGAUGAGUACACAGUGGCUGCGGCUCUGCUGCCCAUGUCCACAAUCUUCUGCCGUAAGCUCUCGACUGGAGUUGUGCAAUUUGCGUACACAGAGAUACAGGAUCACGCCAUCUGGAAAAAUUUGCAGUUUUGGGAGUCUACGUUCUUCCAGGAUGUCCAAGGUCAAAUAAAGGCAUUGUAUCUGCUUCACAGACGUCAGAACGAGCAUCAAAAGGAGGCCAACUGUGUGCUGGACGAAGUUCCUCUAGAGGAGCCCACGGCGCUUGAAAUUACAGCCGAGCAGUUGCGCAAAAGUCCAAGCAUCGAGGAGGAGAAAAAAGCCGAGCUGGCCAAGUCGGAGGAGUCAACGUUGUACAGCCAGGCGAUUCACUUUGCUAACCGUAUGGUUUCCCUGCUGGUUCCACUGGAUGUAAAUGUGGAUGCAGCCAGUAAGCCGAAACCGGCGUUUCGUCUAGAGGAAAAUCACAGUGUUUCCAAUAGUAUUAUGGGCUCACACAGCCUAAGCGAACAUUCCGACGAAGGAUUCGAGGAGAACAAUGCUUUGGAAAUAGGUGUCACGGUUGGGAAAACCAUUUCACGCUUCAUUGACUGCGUUUGUACCGAAGGUGGAGUGACCUCCGAGCAUAUACGCAAUUUGCAUGACAUGGUACCGGGUGUUGUGCAUAUGCACAUCGAGUCCCUGGAACCGGUUUAUCUGGAGGCUAAGCGUCAUCCGCACGUGCAGAAGCCCAAAAUUCAAACGCCAUGCCUGCUGCCAGGAGAGGACCUGGUGACCGACCACCUGCGUUGCUUUCUUAUGCCGGAUGGACGCGAAGAUGAAACCCAGUGCCUGAUACCCGCCGAGGGAGCUCUUUUCCUCACCAACUACCGUGUGAUUUUCAAGGGUUCACCUUGCGAUCCCUUCUUUUGCGAGCAGGUGAUUGUUCGCACUUUUCCGAUUGCCUCCCUGCUAAAGGAGAAAAAGAUAUCCGUGCUGUACCUGGCUCAUCUGGAUCAAACGCUGACAGAAGGACUGCAGCUGCGUUCCAGCAGCUUUCAACUGAUCAAGGUCGCUUUUGAUCCGGAAGUAACUCCCGAGCAGAUUGAGAGCUUUAGAAAGAUAUUGAGCAAAGCGAGGCAUCCGUUUGAUGAGUUUGAGUACUUCGCUUUUCAAUCAUACGGCACAAUGCUCCAGGGCGUGGCUCCGUUGAAAACGAAGGAAAAAUAUUCGACUUUAAAGGGAUUUGCCAAAAAAACGCUGCUCCGCGGGGCCAAAAAGGCUGGAUUCAAGCAGAAGCAGCAGACCAAGCGCAAAUUGGUUUCUGAUUAUGAUUACGGAAGUGCAGAUGCGCAGGAAACACAGUCCAUCGACGAUGAGCUGGAAGAUGGAGAUGAGUUUGAAACCCAAAACAAUGCCAUGCCCAGAUUGCUAACCACAAAAGAUGUCGAACGUAUGCGGGAGAGAAGCUAUGUGCAGGACUGGAAGCGGCUCGGGUUCGAUGCGGAAUCACAGCGUGGUUUCCGUAUAAGCAAUGCCAAUACCAGCUACGCCACCUGCCGCUCCUAUCCGGCUAUAAUUGUGGCCCCUGUGCAGUGCAGUGACGCGGCAAUAAUGCAUUUGGGUCGGUGCUUCAAGGGCCAGCGCAUUCCACUGCCCACAUGGCGGCAUGCGAACGGAGCGCUGCUCAUUCGAGGUGGUCAACCCAAUAGCAAAUCGGUCAUUGGAAUGCUAAAAAACACCACGGGGAGCACCACGAACGCCCAUCACGAUGUCACGCAUUAUCCCGAGCAGGAUAAAUACUUCCUAGCUCUGAUCAACACGAUGCCUAAGCUAACGCCCCUGGCACUCAAUCAGUAUUCGGGCAUGAAUCUCUCGAUGAGCUCGUUGAUGGGCCACAGCUCCUCCGACGAUCGACAGCCUCUUACUCCGGAAUUGUCGCGCAAACAUAAGAACAACCUGGAUAUUAGUGAUGGCAACAAGUCCAGUCAAGGAGGUAAAAGCGGAACAAUGAAGGGAAAUCCCAAAAACUCAUCGGCACAUCCCUUCCGCAAGAUGCGGCUUUACGCAUUGGGAGAGAAAUCCCAAGCCAAGUCCAACAUGAAUGUUGAUUUUUGCGCGGACUUCAUUCCCGUGGACUAUCCCGACAUCAGGCAAUCGAGACCAGCCUUCAAAAAAUUGAUACGCGCCUGCAUGCCAUCGCAUAAUACCAACGAGGCCGAUGGACAGAGCUUUGCCAAGAUGGUGGAGCAGUCAGACUGGCUGCAACAGAUCUCCUCACUGAUGCAGUUGUCUGGUGCCGUGGUUGACCUGAUCGAUUUGCAGGAGAGCAGCGUGAUGCUAUCUCUGGAAGAUGGCUCCGAUGUGACCGCCCAGCUCAGUUCAAUAGCCCAGCUGUGCUUGGAUCCCUACUACCGAAGUCUGGACGGUUUUCGUGUGCUGGUUGAGAAGGAGUGGUUGGCUUUUGGUCACCGCUUUGCGCAUCGCAGUAACCUCAAGCCGUCGCAUGCAAACACAAAUAUUGCGUUUGCACCCACCUUUCUGCAGUUCCUCGAUGUAGUACAUCAACUGCAACGCCAGUUUCCCAUGGCCUUCGAAUUUAAUGAUUUCUAUUUGAGAUUCCUGGCAUAUCACUCAGUGUCGUGCCGGUUCCGCACCUUCCUUUUUGACUGUGAACUUGAGCGAUCGGAUUCGGGUAUUGCUGCGAUGGAGGACAAACGAGGAUCGCUGAAUGCAAAGCAUAUGUUUGGAGCCGGUGGUAUGGCGGCCAAUGGAUCAGACGAUGAGUGCAGCGUGUACCCUCUGGAUAUCAGGAGUCAAAGGACACCCGCUCCCCUUAAUCGCAUUGGUCACUCUAUCUUCGAUUAUAUCGAACGGCAGCAUAACAAGACGCCCAUAUUUUAUAAUUUUCUCUAUUCGGGAGAUAAAAGCAUGACUCUGCGACCGCAAAAUAAUGUGGCUGCUUUGGAUCUAUGGUGUUAUUAUACCAACGAAGAGCUGGCUCAGGGAGCGCCGUACGAUUUAGAAGUGACUACUGUGGACGACGAAAUCGAUCUGUCCGAGACGAAGGGAAAACGCAUGGUCAUUACCGCCGGAUACGACAACAUGGAGAAGUGUAAUCCCAAUGCCUACGUUUGCCUACUAAGCGAGGUGAAGCAAGCGGAGACGGAGCGAGGCCACCUUCCCCAAAAGUGGCUGCAGGUGUGGAAUAGCUUGGAAGUGCCCCAACUGGAGCCAGUUGCUCGGAAUACAUCGCUGGGAAACAUCUUCGUGCAGACGCAUCAGCACAAACGUUCUACACUAGAGAUCAUCAUGAAGGGUCGUCUGGCAGGUUACCAGGACAAGUACUUCCACCCGCAUCGUUUCGAGAAGCAUCCAUACACCACGCCCACCAACUGUAAUCACUGCACCAAGCUGCUCUGGGGACCGGUUGGCUACCGGUGCAUGGACUGCGGAAACUCCUAUCACGAGAAGUGCACGGAGCUCUCAAUGAAGAACUGCACAAAGUACAAGGCCAUAGAUGGAGCUGUUGGACCGCCGAAUGUGAACAUGUCGCAGGGCGACACGGCAAGCAUCGCUUCCAGCGCGGCCACAACGGCGCGCACCUCAAGCCAUCACUUCUAUAACCAGUUUAGCAGUAACGUUGCCGAAAAUCGAACACAUGAGGGACAUUUGUACAAACGUGGCGCCUUGCUCAAGGGCUGGAAACAGCGAUGGUUCGUGUUGGACUCUAUUAAGCAUCAACUUCGUUACUAUGACACCUCCGAAGAUACCGCUCCGAAGGGCAUCAUUGAACUGGCUGAAGUCCAAUCUGUAACUGCCGCACAACCUGCACAAAUUGGCGCCAAGGGCGUAGAUGAAAAGGGAUUUUUUGAUCUUAAAACAUCCAAGCGCAUCUAUAAUUUCUACGCAAUCAAUGCAAAUCUGGCACAGGAAUGGAUCGAAAAGUUGCAGGCAUGUUUGCAAUAGACAGACAAUGCAAAACGAAGCUUUUUUCACACCCUGAAAUUCGUUAAAUUUCCUUUCUGUUUUGUUCGGCGAUCUGAAGUUUUGUUAUAGGAUAAAUCAGUAUGUUUCCAGUUCUACGUAUUAAUAUUUUGAAUCUGUGGCGCUGCCAUCAUAUCAUAGCUAAACUAUCACUUUAGAAUUCCCUUAAUUGAUUUGAGAAAUCGCUCGCACCCAUUAACAUAAAUGUUAGCAACAAUUAUGCCAAGCAACAAGCGAAACUUUAGUUAAACAAUGAAAUCCAUUUGUAAAUGUGAAUGUAAAGAAACUAUAAAAUUAUGUGAUUAUAUAAACAAACAAAAAUCAGACUAUGAUAAAUUAACGAUAAAAUGGAAAAGCCACGCCCGCAAGUUUUUUGAUAUAAUUUUUUAUAUAUAUACAUAUAUCCUUAUGCCUAAACUAUAUAGGUUUAUAGUGAAUUUACCAAAGAAUAUUCCACCUUUGUUGCGCAAUUGAAAUGCAUUUCUUGAUUGCUUCCUUUAAACUAAACCCUAUUAUUAAACGCUUUCCUUUAUUUAUA